AUGUCUACAUACCUCUCUGUCUUGGGGAUUUCGUUAACGCUCUAUCAAAGUGUACGGCAUCACGAAGGAUUCAUUUCAGCUGUUUGUGUCCCUACGCUUAGACUAUGUUCUUCCUAUAUUCUACAGUCUUUAUCCACUUUCUUGUACAUUGGACUUUUGGGAUCUGUUGGAGAACGUAUGGCUCGACGUAUGCGUAUGCAACUCUUUGAGAAGUUGGUCUAUCAAGAUGUGGCCUAUUUCGAUGUGCAUAGUUCUGGAAAACUUGUAGAAAUCAUUGGAUCAGACGUUCAAAACUUUAAAAGUUCGUUCAAACAGUGUAUUUCACAGGGUUUGCGUAAUUGUAUUCAAGUUGUUGGAUCUGUAUUUGCAUUGCCAAGUAUAUCGCCUACUCCAACAGCUGCACUUAUAGGCUGUUUACCAUGUGUUUUCUUAAUUGGAAGCUUAAUGGGCACGGAACUUCGUCAUCUCAGUCGAGAAGCUCAAGCACAGAAUUCUGAAGUAGCUUCAUUAGCCGAUGAGGUACUCAGUCAUAUAAGAACAGUGAAAUCACUGACACUAGAAGAUUUACAAAUCAAAAAGAUAAAUUAUAAUAUUGAUAAAGCUAAGAGCUGGGUGAGAAACUUGCCUUUGGGAUUGGUUCAUUUCAAGGUCUCUCCAAUCUGA